AUGGUGGUGUACACGACGAGGUGGGGGUGUGUGCGGCUUCCCCCCCCCUCCCCCCCGCAGUCGGUCUCGUUGCUUCCACCGGCUUCUGCACCUGGUUCCGACUCUGCGCCUCCAACGUCUCUGCGGGCUCCUUCACCUGUGUUGGACCCUUCCCCUCCUGCGGACGCGCCUGUUCCUUCUCCUGUCUCUUCUGUGGGUGGCGGUCUCGUCCCCCGUGUAGUUGAGACUGACGUUCUGCGGGGUCGUGCUCCCCCCGCUGUGGGGCGGCCUGCCGCCGGCCCCUCUCGGGUGCCUCCUGCUGGGGGUGACAGCUCCGUUGAUCAACGGCCUGUCCCCAAGCGUUUGCGUACAGAUACGGGUGCUUCGCCUCCUCGUUCGUGGGCAGUGGAAUGUGAGGAUGCGGCGAGGGUUGAUGUUUCUUCUCCUGCCGAUGUUUGCGGUGCUGUGGGGGGCUCUGAGCUGUCUCCGGCGUCGCCCCCGAUGCCUACUGCUGAUGACUCCCCACGGUUAGUGGUUGCUACUGCCGACCGGGACCUCGUCGUGAUUUUACGGAAGGAUGUGCACCAAGGUGCCUCUGCUCCUGUGCUCGGUGGCGGGGGCCCCGACUCGUCUGUGUCCUCUGCGGGUUCCCCUAGUGUGCAACCCCGUGUGAAGCCUUGUGAGAAGCCUCGUGCGCCAGCCAGUACAAAGCCCUGUGCGGCGCCCAGGGAACCUCCCGUUGCCGAUACUGGUGCGACACCUUCUAGUGUGGACCACUUCCCUGUGCUCGCGGCCGACGGGAGCGUGGUCCCUAAGUCACGGGUUUUGGACCUAGUUUGGGACGACAGGGUAAAAUUUAUAUCAGACAACAUUAUCAAUUGCAACCUUACAACAUUGUCAACAAUUCUAUCUGAGAGAACAUUACCGCAAUGGCUUCCAGUAAUUCAAAUUAUCUGUAUUUACAGGCCAGAAGAAACCUUCCCAGCGGUGAUGUCCCAUCUGCAGUAA